ACAUGACUUCCUUUUUAAAAGGGCCAUAAAUAUAAACCAAUGCCCACAGCACUUUACUUAAUGUGUAACUGCAGACCUGACAGUCUGGUCAAAAACCAGCAUUCUUUCAAGCAAUGGAAGAAAUAUAUGAGAAUGUUGCCUUUGACAAACAUGCCUGCCCAGCUCCUGCAACAGAUCCCAGAGGCUCCAGCAGCUCUAAAAGGAGGGUUUAUUUGGCUGUUAUUCUCUGUCUGGGGGUCCUGAGUGUUUGCCUGCUGGCUGGACUCAUCGUCCUUGGUGUCCAUCAUCAUAUCUCUGGUGAGAUGGCUGCAGAUCUCUUCGCCAACCAAGACCAUCUGAGUGAGCGUCUUCAGGCCAGUAAGGACAAUCUGUCCUCCCUGACAGAAGAGAGAAACCAGCUAAAAGCCAACCUCAGUCAACUAACUGAAGAAGUGAACAAGCUUAAAGAGAAAACAUGUCCUGCAGGAUGGAAGAUGUCCAGCUGUUCUUGUUACCUCCUUUCUAAAAAAUCUGGUUCCUGGGAUCAAGGCAGAGAAGACUGCAGAGGCAGAGGAGCAGAUCUGGUGGUGAUAGACAACGAUGAAGAACAGAAAUUUCUCUCUAAAUUCGCCAACGGAUUCUACUGGAUUGGUUUAAGUGACAAAGAAACAGAAGGAACCUGGAAAUGGGUGGAUGGAACUAACCUGACUCUAACGAACUGGGACACAAAUCAGCCUGAUAAUGGUGGUGGAGACCCUCAGUGGGGUGAGGAGGACUGUGUGGAACUUAGACCUAACAGGAACACUUGGAAUGAUCGUAACUGUAGAGCUUCUAUCUGGUGGAUCUGUGAAAAAAGACCAACACAAUCUGCUUAAAAGGAAUAUUUGUAAAUCUUUACAGCUAUAGCUAUAGUUUGUUUUGUUUCUACAGAAACUGUUACCAAAAAGAUGCAACUUUAAAACACAUUUAUAAACAUUUAGUAAGUGUUGCUUCAGAGCACGAAAUAUUCCUUCUUGUUCUCAAACAGAAUAUUUGUUUUUAGCAGCACAAUGAAUUCCUGCUUUAUUGUUGUUGUUUUUCAUGCUAUAUAAUAUCUUAUGCAUUUGAAUAGAAAGAUCUGAUGGCAUAAAUUAACUUACAUAUAUAAAAACUCACCACAUCAGGGGUUUAAAUGAUAUUUAAUUAUCAUAAACAAACCAGCUCUUCAACUUGCACAGUUUGUAAAACUGCUUAAGUUCUUGUGGCCAUUUGAUUCAUGCAGCAGUGUUGGAUUAAGAUUUAUGAGCUUUAUGCUUCACAUUCAUUGUAUGAAGACUAGAUCUUCAGCUUUCAGAUGGACCUGUGAAACAUAGCUGGGCAGAUUAAGAGAUUUAGUAAAUAAAUAGCGUCUGAAAUGUGAUGUGUUUAUUUGUUCAACUUCAGGUUCACAUUUCAUCAUGUGGUCAGUUAUACAAACAUUUAUGCCAUUUCUCUAAAAGUGGGAAAGUUUUCUAAAUUGCAAGGAAAACCUUGGAAUGACCCAUCAUCCAUAUUUCCCCAAAGCAAGCAGAACUCACCAAAACAUGUUUUUGCAUUGUGUGGUUAAAAUGACCAAGUUGUAGAGUUAAGACUAAAUGAAGUUUUAAUACUGAUCUAAUUUGUUGAAGAUGUGCAAGAAAUGAUCUGAUACAGACUGUUUAGUAUCAUGCUGUGUGGCCUGUAUUUCUGUUGUCUAUGAAACUGCUAUAAUAAAUCAUAUUUCAUUAUAAAAUUAAAGAACAAUUUCAGUACAAAAAAUAUUUCAGUUAUCACCAAGAAAGCUUCAUGGUGAUAUCUGCAUUAUGUGUAAACAG